CUUGAAAUAACUUUUUUUCUCUAAAAGUAUUCAAAAAUAAAUAAUGUUUAACUUUCAUUUCUAAAUUCCAAAAAUCUGCUUACACAUGCCGAAUAAUGCAAUAUACUCGUAUUUAGAUUGGAAAGUCUAAUAUAUUUAUUUCUAUGGCGAAUUGCAUUAAUCGGCUACAAUGUUUGCUUUCGGCUAUACUCCAAGGAAUAACAUUCUUUUUUGUGGACUGCAUUAUGAGUGUUCUUACACAAUUAAUUAAGUUCGCAAUGGUGUUGGGAUUAGCUUGUUAUCUAUGCAUAUUAUUUUUUCAGUUGUGCGAAUCAGCAAAUUUAGGGUCUGGAGCUAUUUCAAUUGAUCCAGAGUUUCAUGAAAGUCACAGAAACUCUAUUUUAUCAAUGGGAAGAAAAGGUUCUAAAGAUGAGACGCGCAAAUCACUUUUGGAUGAUAAUGCGAAAAAAUCACCACGCGAAAGCAGGAAAUCGCUCACAGAGAGAAAAUCCGCUACGGAUGCUGAUAAAACAGCGUCCAGCACUGAAGGAAAAUCAUUAAACGAAACUGGAAAUACUGACACAGAUGCUAAUGCAAGGAAAUCGAUCAGUGAAAGAAAAUCACUUACAGAUGGUAAGAACGCUUCAAUUUCUGGGACUGAGAGAAAAUCGAUCAGCGAGGGAAGAAAAUCCAUUGAGGCUAAAAAAGCCUCAGGAAUAGAACAGCCCCCUCCAGAAGCUGAUAAACCUAGUUCAAGCAGACCGUCAAGCUCUAAUGCUAGAAAGUCAAUUACCGAAAACGUUGGUAAUAUCAAGGAUCAACCAUCCGAGGUCAUCGCAGAACACAUUGCAAGUUCGAAGCCAUCUGUAGCAAGUAAUAUUCAAAAACCACCCGAAGACAAAUUAGAAGAGAAACAAGAAAAUAAGGAAAAUCAGGAAAAUAAGGAAAAAAAGGAUGAAUAAUAUACAAAAUCCACUUAUUGUAAUAAUAGGUAAUUGCGAGCUAUACAACAUAAAAUAAAAUAAACUAAGAUAAGGAAGAAUUCUUAAUUCUAAAAACUA